AUGUCUGCUAUUUACAAGGCUUUACAAUCCAAGUCAUCCAAGGAGUCUUCCGAGAAGACCAAGCACAUAAAUAGACAACGUCUUCUCGUGAUAUCAUCCCGUGGUGUUACUUAUAGACAUCGUCAUCUCAUUUCUGAUUUACUUAAUUUAUUACCUCAUGCUAGAAAGGAACCAAAGUUUGAUUCCAAGAAAAACUUGUAUCAAUUAAAUGAAGUUGCUGAGUUAUACAACUGUAACAACAUUUGCUUUUUCGAAGCUAGAAAGCAUCAAGAUUUGUACUUGUGGUUAUCUAAACCUCCAAAUGGUCCAACUUUAAAGUUUCAUGUUCAAAAUUUGCACACAUUAGAUGAAUUAAAUUUCACUGGUAACUGUUUGAAAGGUUCUAGACCAGUAUUAAGUUUUGACAAGAGUUUUGAAACUACUGACCAUUAUAAGUUGAUGAAGGAAUUGUUUGUUCAUUCCUUUGGUGUACCUCCACAAGCUAGAAAGUCCAAGCCUUUUGUUGAUCAUGUAAUGACCUUUUCUAUUGUAGACAACAAGAUUUGGGUUCGUAACUAUCAAAUCAAUGAAAAUCUUACUCAUAAGGAAGUUGAAGAUUCUGAAGUUGAUGAAUUAUCUUUGAUUGAAAUCGGUCCAAGAUUUGUAUUAACUUUAAUUACUAUUUUAGAAGGUUCCUUUGGAGGACCAAAGAUUUAUGAAAACAAGGAAUACGUUUCUCCAAACUUUGUCAGAGCACAAUUGAAGCAACAAAAUGCUGAACAAGCCAAAUCUAGAGCCGAAGCUGCCUUGGAUAGAAAGAUUAAGAAGAGAAACCAAGUCUUGAAGGCCGACCCAUUGGCCAACAGCAUUUUAUUCAAGGAAUAA